GCACUCCGGAUACACGAGGAUCAGUCACGAUCUCGUGCAGGAGAAUCAAAGUUUCCGCAUAGAAGCUUCCGUCUAAAGGAAAAGUCAGUCAUUCUGCAACGGGAACCAGUGCCGGUCGAUAAUGUCCCUGAAGGUGUUAUUGUUCGUCGCGGCAGUCGCGGGUUACGCGAGUGCUGAAUUUCCCUCGUAUAUCCACGUGUGCGGCCUCAGGAACCCUAAUCUGGACCAGUGCAUAAUCGACAGCGUGAACUCUAUAGCGGACACGAUCCGCGUGGGCGACCCGGAAUUGGGCAUCCCGUCCGCCGAGCCAUUUUUAAUGGACCGCGUGCAGCUCGCCGACUUGCCGAAUUUCAAGGCGUACGGAACGAACAUCAAGAUCUACGGUCUUCCAACGUAUCACAUCAAUUCCCUGCACGUCGACCCGGAGAAGCAUCAGUUCGACGUGGAUCUCACGUUCAGGGAGAUCCGAAUGGAGGCGGAUUACAACGUGACCGCGCGAAUUUUGAUACCCAUCGUGGCAACGGGACCGAUCCACUUGGUUAUCAAGGACGUUGGCGCGAAAACGCAAAUACUGUACGAAUUGGUCGACCAUAAGGGCAAGAAACACAUGUACUUCUCGUCGAUGACGACGAACCUGGACAUCAAGGAUUUCGACGCGAAGUUCGAGUCGCGGAACUUCGACAAAACGGUGCAGCAGGCAGUCGGCCAGGCAUUGGGCGGCAGCCACAAGGAGAUCAUCGAAACCUGCAAGCCGGCUAUCGAGAGCGCGAUCUCGAAGAAAUGUCUCGACCUGGCCAACAACAUCUGCAAGAAUUUCACUUACGAAGAGCUGUUCCCCGAUCGAGAGUAACAACGAAUCGCCUCGCGUUUUCUGUUUCCUCGAAGAACAACGCCAGUCCCGAAAUAUAUUGCACCCGCUCGCUUCGAAAGAUUCUCGCGGUUUCGCCGGCACAUUUCUCUCCGAGAUUAAGACGAAACGAUUCUAUACAGGGUGUCCAAAAAAAUGUCAUUGUAUAGGUAUCGCGAAUAAAUUUUUAUACCUGAUCUGUAA